AUGUUUGAGGAGAUGCGCAAGGCCUUCGGAUUCUGGAAGUGCAAGUGGAUGAAAGAGUACAUGAACACAAAUACCUUGAAGGACUUGGGCAGCAUGGCCGUGGUAGCCAUGGUUUUAAUUUUGAUGGCGCUGCCAAACCCUCCGUCAGACCCGGGGUACCUCCGGACUGUUUUAGCAGCCGCGGGGUUCUUCAAGUGGAUCAAGAUCGUCUCUUACUUUCGUGGUAUAUUGGCGCUCCGAUUGGGACCUAAGUUCCUGCCAAUAUCGUACACACUGCAGGAAGGAUUGUCGUUCCUCGUGGUCAUGAUGUUUUUCAUAUUGGCUGCAUGGCAUGCUUUCUACACGCUCUACCCCGGAAAGAUAUCUUGGACGUUUCUGUUCAGCAUGACGUACAAUCUAGGAUUCUUCGGUGAUUUUGAUUUGGACAGCAUUUUGAGUGAAGAGUCUAACGCUGGAGAGGUUAGCUAUUCAUGGGUGCAGCAGCUCCUGUUCGCCGUGGCUGCCAUGCUCGUGAUGGUGAUACGUGGGUUGGCGGACAUCGGCGUCAUGGGCAAUGCUUACAACCACUACCACGAUAAGGCCAUGGAGCUGUUCGUGCGGGCACGCGCGUCCAUCUGCCUCGACAUCUCCAUGCAGUACGGCAACGCGUGGCAGGAUUUGGGCGAUGUUUGGCGACACCAAGCGCGACGUCGAGGAUGA